GCGCCUGAGCCGGAGCGGGCAGCCACCGGCCGGGCCCCGUCCUCCCACAGGCUCCCGCCGGCGGCCCCGGAGCGGCCCGGCUGCCCGAUGCUCCCGCCUCGGCUGCGGCGGGUCGGGCUGGACGCUUAGUGCCCGCCUCAGGCCCCGGAGACGCCCUCCGGGUGGGAGCGGCCCCCCGCCCUGCGGACCCGGAGCGGCGUGAGGAGCGGCGGCGGCGGCGGCGGCGAGAAUGGGGGCCAACCAGCUCGUGGUGCUCAACGUGUACGACAUGUACUGGAUGAACGAAUACACCUCAUCCAUUGGGAUUGGAGUUUUUCAUUCAGGAAUUGAAGUAUAUGGCAGAGAAUUUGCUUAUGGUGGCCAUCCUUACUCUUUUUCUGGAAUAUUUGAAAUUUCCCCAGGAAAUGCUUCUGAACUAGGAGAAACAUUUAAAUUUAAAGAAGCUGUUGUUUUAGGGAGCACUGAUUUCCUAGAAGAUGAUAUAGAAAAAAUUGUAGAAGAACUGGGAAAAGAAUAUAAAGGCAAUGCCUAUCAUUUAAUGCAUAAAAACUGCAAUCAUUUUUCUUCAGCUUUAUCAGAGAUUCUUUGUGGGAAAGAGAUUCCUCGCUGGAUCAAUCGACUGGCCUACUUCAGCUCCUGUAUACCCUUUCUCCAGAGUUGCCUCCCAAAGGAGUGGCUCACUCCCGCAGCCCUGCAGUCCAGUGUCAGCCAAGAGCUCCAGGAUGAGCUGGAAGAAGCAGAGGAUGCCGCUGCGUCCGCCGCAAUGGCAAGCGCCGCCGCAGGCUCCAGACCCGGGCGCCACACAAAGCUAUGAGUGUCCCCAAAGUUACCUUCGGAACUGUCUCCGGCAGUUGAUCAUCAUUAGAGAAAAGAAAACAGAGUAAGCAUCUUUUGGUACUUUGUGUGCAAAGAUGGCUCUUCCCCAAUCCCAGUUUUUCAGCUCAGGAUUAUAUUUGUAAUC